ACGUUACGAGGAUUAACUUUUAACAAACAUUAUCUACGAAUUGAAUUUUCACAAAGAGAAGGUUAAAGGAUGGUUCCGACCUUGACAACGGUCUCGCGUUGACACUUGACCGUCGUCGGAACCGAAAGAAGCAACAUGGCUCCGCCCUGGCAUGGCCUCGCUCCGUCGCUUCUCAUCUUCUCUUCUGUAAUCUGGCUCGAUCUCUCCUUCGGCGCUUCCUUAUCCACUCCAGGACGUAGUCUCCGCCGCCCAAUGGUUUUUCCUUUGCACAUGUCGUCCCGCAGUUAUUCCGUCCACCGGCACGCCGAUAGUCUCCGCCGUCAUCUCCUGCAAUCCAAGCUCUCUCAAACCCCUAACGCUCGUAUGAGACUCUACGAUGAUCUCCUCUCCAACGGUUACUACACAACUCGCCUUUGGAUUGGAACACCACCGCAGGAAUUCGCUCUUAUUGUUGACACGGGGAGUACGGUCACUUACGUUCCUUGCUCUAGCUGUAAGCAGUGCGGCAAGCAUCAGGAUCCGAGGUUCCAACCAGAUUUGUCCAGCACUUAUGAGCCUGUAAAAUGCAAUCCCACCUGUGACUGUGAUGCUGAGCAAAGGCAAUGUACCUAUGACAGACAGUAUGCUGAGAUGAGCUCCAGUAGUGGGGUGCUCGGUGAGGAUAUUGUCUCAUUUGGAAAUGAAAGUGAACUUGCACCCCAGCGUGCUGUUUUUGGUUGUGAAAAUAUUGAAACUGGUGGUCUUUACAGCCAGCGUGCUGAUGGCAUAAUGGGUUUGGGUCGUGGGCGGCUUAGUAUUGUAGAUCAACUUGUUGAAAAGGAUGUUAUUAAUAAUACUUUUUCUUUAUGUUAUGGUGGGAUGGAUGUUGGUGGAGGGGCCAUGGUUCUUGGUAGAAUUUCUCCCCCCCCUGAUAUGGUAUUCUCAAAUUCAGACCCUUUCCGCAGCCGAUAUUACAACAUUGAGCUGAAGGAAAUUCAUGUUGCUGGAAAGCCACUGAAGUUAAACUCAGGGGUCUUCAAUGGAAACCAUGAAACAGUCUUGGACAGUGGAACCACAUAUGCCUACCUCCCAAGGGAUGCUUUUGUUGCAUUUAAGGAUGCUAUCAUGAGGGAAGUUCAUUUUCUCAAAAGUAUUCAUGGCCCUGACCCAAAUUAUGUUGAUAUCUGUUUUUCUGGUGCUGGAAGGGAUGUCACUCAGCUAUCAAACAUCUUCCCAGCUGUUGAUAUGGUAUUUAGCAACAGACAAAGGCUCUCGCUGUCUCCAGAGAACUACUUGUUUCGUCACCCAAAGGUUAGUGGGGCAUAUUGCUUGGGAAUUUUCCAAAGUGCUGAUUCAACUACUACCCUUUUAGGAGGAGUUGUUGUCCGCAACACCUUAGUAACUUAUGAUCGGGAGGAUGACAGGAUUGGCUUUUGGAAAACCAAUUGUUCAGAACUUUGGAAGGGACUGCAGUUCCCUGAUAAUUCUUCCCUAUCACUUUUGAAUUCCCAUAAUAAUAAUGAUACAAGUGUACCUGCCCCUAGUGGAUUGCAUUUAAAUGAUCUUCCAGGUGCAUUUCGAGUGGGAUUUAUCACAUUUGAUAUGUCAAUUAGCACAAACAAUUCCAACAGUAAGCCUAAUUUCAAGGAGCUUGCAAGGUUGAUUGCAAAGGAGUUGGAAGUUGAUAAUUCCCAGGUCCGUCUGUUGAACUUUACUACUAAAGAGGAUGAUUACCUAGUUAGAUGGGGCAUUUUUCCAGCUGCAUCAGCCAAUUACAUUUCUAACAUUACAGCUCUGAGCAUAAUACUGCGUCUAAAGGAAAACCAUGUUCAGUUUCCUGGGAGAUUUGGGAAUUACCAGCUGGUUGAAUGGAAUGCUGAACCUCAAAAGAAGCUGACGUGGUGGCAGCAACACCAUAAAACAGUGGUUGCUGGAGUAAUCACUUCCGUGCUUCUUGGUUUGUCAGCCAUGGGUAUAUGGUUGGUUCAGAGACAUAGACAAAGAGCAGCCAGUGGAGCUUAUGAGCCUGUUGAUGCCAUUGUUGCAGAGCAAGAGCUUCAGCCACUGAGAAUGUAAAUUUUCAUUCAGUCAUGAUUAUUUUGGUACAUGCUUUCCUUCCAUAUUUAUGAUCUAUCAAGGAUGAACAUGCUUCGAAGAUCAGAUUCAUACUUGUGGGGAUGAUCAAAAGGUGGAUCAUUCUGAGUGGUAAUCUACCAUUCGUUGACAUUGUACAAUGAAAAGGAAGGAAGAAUUAAUGGACAACAAAUGACAGGGACAAGAAUGUAUGGAUGUCCAUCACAGUUUCAAACAUCAUGCGUGAAUAACAUAUCAGGUGUGGUUAUGGUUUUGUUAAUAAGGCCAUACAAACAUAUCUCCGGUUGAGUAACACAACAUACUUGUUUGCACAUUAACCGUUUGGAAACUAAAACAUGUUACCAUAA